AUGUCGACAGCUGUGCUAUUAGCAGUCAAGACGUUUGCAGAGAGCAGCUCUGUUUUAAAACAUGCUUUUACUUUUCUUUCCUAUGUUUCCAAUGAAACUCUAACACUCGACGUUGUGGUAAGCUAUGUUCUUCGUUUUGACAAAAGUCAAGACGAAGAGGAUACACGAUUUCGAAUUCUGCAAUGCUCUUUGAUCCUUUUCUCAGAAUAUGACGAGAUCGUUUCAAUUUCAUUACAUCGUGUCGUGCACGACAGCCUUAAACUAUACCAUGAUACAGGACACGACAAAAAAAUAACAGUAGCCUUUGUCUUUGACAUGUUUCAAUUGCUUAUUCAGAAUAAAUGUGCUCUUUGCAUAAAACCUCUGAUCCCACAUUUCAGAACAUUCAGUGAAAGGACCGACAACUUAAAAGACAUUGUAGUUCCAGAUUUAAUCCAUAAUAAACAUGAAAUACUGAUAAAUACUGUUCGUCUAAGUUUGAUGUUGAUAAAGUGUCGUGAAUUUUUACUGUCAAAGACCUAUCUAAUUCUAGCUGUGAAAAUUGCUAAAAACGAAUCUGAUGAAGAUAAUUUGGGCCUUUUAUAUGUUUCUUUCCCAAGCAUUGGGGCGAUCUAUUUUAACUUAGCUAUGGUGGAAGGACGUCUUGAAAACAUUGCUCAAGCAAGGAACUACAGUCAAUUAGCUCUUGAAGUGCUCUUAAAACAACGUAAAUUCGCGCACAAGAGUUUAGAACAACGCAAUGAAAAUCUACUGAACCUAAGCUUAACUUGUUUAGAUCUGAAGGAAUGCACUGAGUUCGAGAUAGAAUAUAAAGUAAACUUUGAAGAGGAAAAAAGUGGACUGCCUUAUGCUUAUAAGAAGCCCCCUACUUAUAAGGGUACCUUUUUCUCCAGAAAGGUUGACAAAAAUUACAGACUGUCAUUUACGAUAUUUUACGAACUAUCGAAUACAAAUCCAAAAUGUACCCUUUGGACCUUGACUAUGUCUAUGAAAAACAAACAGGUGAAAAUCAUGUCCUGA